ACCUCCCGCAGUUGAGUUUAAACCCCUCGUAUAAAUAUUUACGUAGCAUAUGGUGUGGGUACGCACAUUUUGUUCGACAACAUUUCAACGAGGCAUAAAAACCAAUAAAUGCUUAAAUCGGUUAUCGGACGAGUGAGUUCGUGCGUGUGUAUGAGAGUGAGAGAAAGAGUAAGCGAUGAGCGGAGGGCACCCAAACGUUGCACCUGCCGAUUAUGCGAGCCGAACACCUGUUGGUCGCAUUCAAGUCACCACGGUUCGUAACACAUAUGGUAUAUAGUACUGGAGUCGUUGUUGACACCACUUGUUACUGCGGCGGACGAUGGGGACGAGCGGACAACCGGCGGCGCGGCGGUCUCCGUCGGGUGAAUGUUCUUAUAGUCGGUGUACCUAUUCGCCGAAAACCGAUCAGUGGGGCCAACCGGGUGCAUACGGACGGCCGACGUACAUUCGUAGAAAAAAAGAUCGGUCGCGCCGAUCCCUCUUGAAACCGCAGGACGACGGGUCGGGGGGUGACGGCGAUCAGUGGAGGGGAGGCGAGGAAUUCGAACGUUACCGAUUCCCGCGGGCGCACGGUGCGGUUACGGACGCAACGCGACGCACCGUUCGGCGCCCCGCUGCGAAUCAGUGUGGCGAAAACGAAAAAAUUGUCGUAUUCCGCGUGGUGCGCACAGGUUAUCGAUGCUCCGACGGACAUGCCCGUUUGUUUACCCGGGUGAUUUGAUAACGAACGAGCGCGCAGCAUCGUACGCGGGGCGCGUGACAGUUUCUCGUGUGCGUUCCGUUCAAAUUUUCGGCGUCGUCCGACCAUCGCGAUUCUGCUGCCGGCCGCCGUCGCCGUCCGCCGCCACCGUCGUCGCCGCCGUCUCACAUACCCGACCGAUCGCUCCGGCGUGCCUUUUCGUGUUCAUUCUUCUCCGGCCCUUACCGCGUCUAUCUCUGUCCCGUUUCAAUCCCCCCCCCUACCUUACCCCGAUUUUUUUUCGUUUCCCUACCGGUCUUUUGUGUUUUUUUCGCGUGAUUUUUUCGUUUGUCGUUAUCGCGCUCGCGCACGCAUUUGCUCGUCCGACGUGUUAUCGUCCGGUACAGUCCGACAUUUGAUUCAACGACCGUUCGCCGCUACCAUGAUAUACUAACGCCACUGCUGCCACCGCCGCCGCCACCACGAUCGAACCGUUGUCCCAUCGUACCCCCCGUCGUGAGGUUGGCGCGUCGUCGUUACUGGUCAAACCGUCGCCUGCGUACAGCAAACGUUAAUUCCACCAAAUCCGUUUUACGUGAAAUGUUCUAAGAUGUUGCUACUAUGGAGUUUCAUUGCAUUAUGGUCGACUUUGUCGAUCAUUCAAGCUACUCCAAAUCUAAUAUACAUAACAUCAAAAGAUAUUCGUGUGGCCAAUAUGUCAAAAUCAAUGAGAAUUAAUGUUAUUGUCAAAGAUUUAGUUGAAGGGAGUGUACUUGAUUUUUAUUACAAAGGAUCUUUGAUAUGCUGGGCUGAUCAUUCACAAGAAUCUAUUCAAUGUACUUCUUACAAUGGUACUCAUGCUAGUAACAAAGUUGCUAUUUUGAAUACUGGUAUUAUAACACCUGAUGGUUUGGCUUGUGACUGGCUUACUAAAAAGAUUUAUUGGUCUGAUGGAGAUACAAAUAGAAUUGAAGUAGCAUCAUUAGAUGGUAAAUAUAGAAAAGUACUUUACUGGGAAGAUAUUGAUCAACCUCGAGCUAUUGCUUUAAGUCCUAUGGAUGGGUUAAUGUUUUGGACGGACUGGGGUGAAGUUCCAAAAAUUGAGCGUGCUGGAAUGAAUGGAGAUUUAACUACUCGGAGAAUUAUAGUUAGCGAUAAAAUAUUUUGGCCUAAUGGUUUGACUAUUGAUUAUGUUAAUAGACACAUCUAUUGGGUAGAUGGAAAACUUGGAUUUAUUGAUGUUAUGGACUUUGAUGGAAGAAAUAGGAAGACUAUUCUUGAAAAAGGAAUUCCAUAUCCAUUUGGAAUUGCUCUAUUUCAAGAAAAACUGUAUUGGACAGAUUGGAAAACAUGGUCGAUUCAUGUAGUUGACCGCAGAGGAGGUGGAAAUGGUCAUGAACUUAUUCAUAGUAAUAAUGUUCCAAUGGAUAUUCGUGUGUGGAAUCCUUCUCGACAACCUGACAAGCCUACUCCAUGUGACAAAAAUAAUGGAGGUUGCUCAGAUUUAUGUCUUCUUUCUCCAAAUAAUCCUGGAUAUUCUUGUGCAUGUUCAACAGGAAUCAAGCUUAUAGAUCAUCAUAAUUGUGCAGAAGAUUAUCAAGAAGUUUUAUUCCUUGUACAAAAGACUGAUAUAUGUCAAAUAUCAUUAGAUUCUCCAGAUCAUUCUUUAAUGGGUAUACCCCUAACUGGCUUAGCUCAUGCUAUUGCUAUAGAUUAUGACCCUGUUGAGGGAUACAUUUAUUGGACUGAUGAUGAAAUAAAAAUGAUUCAACGAUCAAAAAUGAAUGGUAGCAAGCAAGGAGUAGUGAUUUCCAAUGAAAUAUUUCAUCCUGAUGGAGUUGCUAUUGAUUGGGCUGCUCGAAACCUAUAUUGGACAGAUACAGGAACAGAUAGAAUUGAAGUUGCUAGAUUAAAUGGAAAACACCGAAAAGUUAUAAUUGUCAAUGAUUUGGUUGAACCUCGUGGUAUUGCAGUCUCACCUGAAUUAGGUUGGCUAUUUUGGUCAGACUGGUAUGAUAAAAGACCCAAAAUUGAACGGUCAAAUUUAGAUGGAAGUAAUAGAAUAGUCUUACUCAAAGAAGACUUGGGAUGGCCCAAUGGAAUAUCUUUGGAUGUUAAAUCAAGGAAUCUAUAUUUUUGUGAUGCUAAGACUGAUAGAAUAGAAGUAAUUAAUAUGAAUGGUGAAGAUCGUCGAGAGUUAGUCAGUGAAAACCUGCCUCAUGUUUUUGGUUUGACUCAAUUGGGUGAGCAUCUCUAUUGGACAGAUUGGCAGCGUCGCACAAUUGAUAGAGUAAAUAAACACACUGGUGCUGAACGUAAAGUUAUAAUUGAUCAACUUCCAAAUUUAAUGGGAGUAAAGGCUGUGAGUUUAAAAGAGCCUUUAAAGGGCAAUGCAUGCAGUGAUAAUAAUGGAAACUGCAGUCAAAUUUGUUUUUAUAACCCUAAUGGACACUAUAGCUGUGCUUGUGAAAUAAAUUAUGAAUUGGCAGUUGAUGGAAAAACAUGUAUUUGGUCCGAUACAUUUUUAGUGUAUUCUCGUUAUGAACAUAUUGGAAUACUAAGUAUUGAAAAUACCUAUUAUUCUGAUGUUAUUCCUGUAACUGGAGUGAAAGAAGCCAGUGCUGUUGAUGUGGACAUUAAAAAUAAAAGAGUGUAUUGGGUGGAUUUCAAAUCAAAAACAAUCAAUAGAGUUUUUUUAAAUGGGUCAAUGCCAGAAAGAAUAAUUACAUUUGGCCUUCAAUCUCCAGAAGGAAUAGCUGUUGAUUGGAUUGGUGGCAACUUAUAUUGGUGUGAUUCUGGAACUAAACGAAUUGAAGUAUCCAGAUUAGAUGGAACUAUGCGUAAAGUUUUACUAUGGAAUGAUAUAAAAUAUCCAAAAAAUUUAUUACUAGAUCCUAAAAGAGGAUUUAUGUACUGGAGUGAAUAUGAUGGUAUAACUGGUUCUAUUCAUAAAUCUUCAAUGAAUGGUGAGGGGAAACAUUGUUUGGUAAAUAAGAUUGGUAGAGUCAUUAGUUUAACUUCAGAUUAUGAUAAUAAUUUGAUUUAUUGGACUACAUUGACACCAAACAGUGGAUCAAUUGAAAGUAUUGACUUAAAUGGAAGACAUCAAAAUAAAAUUUCAUCUGUUGCUUUUAGCUUUGGUUACCCUUCAGCAAUAACUUACUUGAAGGGUCAUUUGUAUUGGUUGGAUUGGUCUAAUGGAAGUUAUUUCCAAGUCGAUGCUUCUAAUGGUACAGUGCUGAAGCAAAGUAAAAUCAAUUUAGAUCAUGUUACAGAUUUGACUUCUUAUGAUCAACGUAGUCAAACUGGAACAAAUCCGUGUGCUUUAAAUAAUGGAGGAUGUCAACAAUUAUGUCUUGUUAAGGGGACAUACAAUGAUUAUGAAUCCAUGUCAUAUCACUGUUCAUGUGAAACACAUUUCACAUUGUUUAAAAAUAAUACUUGCUCAGCUCCAAAUAGUUUUUUGAUUGUGGCUCAGAAAACAACAUUUUAUAGAGUAGUAAUGGACAUUGAUGAUUCUUCUGAUUCAUCACUACCGGUUAUUGGAUUGAAACAUGUUAAAGCUGUUGAAUAUGACCCAAUAUCACACAUGAUUUAUUGGAUUGAUGGUAGAACACAAAUGAUAAAGCGCUGUCAUGAAAAUGGUUCAAACGCAAGUAUAUUUGUUGGAAAUAAUGGCAACACGUUUAGUUUAUAUGAUCUUGCUUUGGAUCCAUUUAACCGAUUGUUGUUCUGGACAUGUUCCUCAACAGAUGCUAUAAACAUUACUCGUUUAACAAACAGUAGCUUUCAAGGAUCCAUAUUUAAAAGUUUUGAUGGUGAAAAACCAAGGAACUUGGCAUUACAUCCUGAAAAAGGUUACAUUUAUUGGACUGAUUUGGGAAGCCAACAUCGAGUAAUUAGAUCUCGUAUUGAUGGUCAUAAUAGAGUCAUCAUUGCUUCUGAUUUGUUAUCUCUUGAAGCACUUACUGUGGAUAGACUACAGGAUAUGGUUUACUUUUCAUAUUCGAGUAAAGUAGAUGUUUGUGAUAUUCAUGGUUAUCAAAGAAGAACAUUGAUUUCGUUUGACGGUGCUCAAAUUUCAAAUAUUGCUGUUCUUGGACCAUUCUUGUAUUGGAUUGAUAAAGAAAAACAAGCAAUUGAAAGAGUCAAUAAAACAACUGGUAUUGUAGUUGAAGGAAGCAGUGUAAUGAAUCAAACACCGCAUUUAACUGACAUCAUAGCAGUAUAUAUUCCUACUCCUGAGACUAUAGCAUCGCAUCCAUGUAGUGCAAUGAACAAACAUGGAUUAUGUUCUCAUUUGUGUGUUGUCACUACAGUCAAUGAGAGCAUUUCUAACAGUCAUGAAUGCUCUUGCCCUUUAGGAUUAAUAAUGAGUGAUCGUCAAUGUGUGGAUGUACCUGUGUGUGGUCCAGAACAAUUUAUUUGCAAUUCAUUAAAUGGAGAAUGUAUGCCAUCCUUUUGGCGUUGUGAUGGUCAAACCGAUUGCGUUGAUGGUUCGGACGAAGUUAAUUGUGUGGAAUGUAGCAGACAUCAAUUCAAAUGUCUAGAUGGUCAUUGUAUAGAUAAAAACUGGGUGUGUGAUGGUACAAAACAGUGUGCUGAUGGAUCGGACGAAUCUCGGUGUUGCGAAUCUGGAUUAUUAUCCAACGAUAGAUUUCAAUGCAUUUCUAAUGGUGUAUGUAUACCUGUAAAGCAAGUGUGUGAUGGCAAGAAACACUGUAUAGACGGGUCGGACGAAACUUAUUUAGCAUGUUCAUUGAUUAGAAAUGUAGGGCUUAAUGUAGUCUCCUCAAGCGGUGAUAAAUCAUUCAAAGGAACAUUAUUUUUUACAAUAAUAUUCUUUGUAACAAUAUUCAGUCUGCUGUUAACGAUUGUUUAUCGUUGUUCAAAAAGUGAUCCGGACAGUACAAGUCUGACGAGUAAUAACGCUGUAACUUAUACAGCUAUAUCAAUGCCCCGACAAUAUUCUUCAGCAACUGCUUAUACUGCCAUGCCAAAUGGAACACAUAUUGAUUUGAUCUCCCCUUCAAACUGUAGCCCGCUGAACCCACCGCCUAGUCCUACAACCACCAUAAUGAUGCAAACAAAUGAUUACAUUCGAACCAACCAGUAUCUACGUUAUGAUGAAAGAUACGAACCUCCUUGCCCUACAUUAUGUUCGCAAACUGAUAUGCCCACUGAUAUUUAUGACGAUUCCGAUUUUGCUUUACCCAUCGAACCAUGCCCUCCACCACCUACCCCUCGUUCCCAUUCACCAUCAUCAAGCACAUACUUUAGCCCUAGUGCUCCCCCGCCAUCUCCUAAUAGUUGUCUGAGGCAUUGUUAAUUUUUUUUGCAAUGCAUAUACCGUAUAUUUGCCUUUUUUUAUCGAUGAAUUCAUA